CAUUCAACCAAAGUUGUGCUUGGUCGAGAGGGGAAAAAGAAUGGCUAGAUCUCGUAGCAGGUCACCCCGGUUAACCAUUGCCCGGUCUGCUGCCUGUGGUCGAGUCUGCUCGCCGUCUCUCGGAUGCAUUACAAGUUCAUUUGAUGGGGUUGAAAAUGAUCAGGAAGAUGAGUUUUUGAGAAAGGAGGUAGUGGAGGAGGAGGAGGAGGCAAUCAGCAAGGAGGCUGUGGGCAGUGGUGGCAAUAAGGUCAUGGUGGUGGUUGAUUCGAGUGUCGAAGCCAAAUGGGCACUUGAAUGGGCCUUGUCUCAUGCUGUUCAAGCCCAUGAUAUUAUUGUUUUUCUUCAUGUGUGCAAGUCCACAAAAAACGUCUCCAGGGGGAUGAGGAGUGCUAGAGUUUAUGAUUUGCUCCGAUCAAUGAAAAAUAUGUGUCAGAAGAGAAGCCCUGGGGUGCAAGUGGAGGUCAUGAUGGUGGAGGGAGAGGAAAAGGGUCCAGCGAUUGUAGAAGCAGCAAAGCAGCUGAAGGUGUCACUUCUGGUGCUAGGGCAAAGGAAGAGACGGAGGAUGUGGCGGCUGUUAAAGAGGUGGGCAUGGAAAGGAGGUCUGGGAGGUGGCUGCAGCAGCCACUUAGUGGAUUACUGCAUCCAGAACGCUUCAUGCAUGACAUUUUCUGUGAGGAGGAUGAGCAAGGAACUAGGAGGGUACUUGAUCACCACCAAGCAUCACAAAAACUUUUGGCUUUUGGCUUAACUAUGGAAAAAUAAAGUUGACAUUUCUGAUGGAAUUUCUCGCUUGUAAUCUAAAGUAUACUAGUACAAUGAAUCCUGUAUGAAUUC